GUGGGAGCCUGUGGCUUCCAUAGCCGGAUUUUGCCAAAUGUAUAUCCUAUCCGCUUGGUGAAAGUUAAUGAGGAUACCAUGGAGCUAAUACGUGGCACAAAUGGACUUUGUAUCUCCUGUCAACCAGGAGAACCCGGACUUCUUGUGGGCAGGAUAAACCAAGAAGACCCCUUGCGGAGAUUUGAUGGCUAUGUCAAUCAGAAUGCAACUAACAAGAAAAUAGCUUAUAAUGUCUUCCAAAAAGGAGAUCAGGCUUAUCUUACAGGAGAUGUCCUAGUGAUGGAUGAUCUCGGCUAUAUGUACUUCAAAGACCGCAGUGGGGAUACAUUCCGCUGGCGUGGGGAGAACGUUUCCACCACAGAAGUUGAGGGAAUCCUCAGCCAUAUUCUCAGCAAGACAGAUGUGGCCGUUUAUGGGGUAGAGGUACCAGGAGUAGAAGGCAAGGCUGGAAUGGCAGCUAUUGCUGACCCAAAAGCAAAACUGAAUCCUAACAUUCUGUAUUUGGAGAUACAGAAAGCAUUACCUCCAUAUGCACGGCCUAUCUUCCUCCGAUUUCUGCCACAGGUUGACACCACAGGCACUUUCAAGAUUCAGAAGACCCGUUUACAAAGGGAAGGCUACAAUCCACACCAGAUGUCGGAUCGGUUAUACUUUUUGGAUGUGAAACUUGGCAAGUACCUACCAAUAGAUGAGUGCAUUUUUGAGAGGAUCCAAACUGGAAAAAUGUCUCUUUGAUUUAAUUGGUGAGAAGACGCAUAAAGAUCCUGAUGUCGAAAGGUCUUGUUUUGGUAGAGAAAUAGACUUGAAUAAAUAAGCAAAACAAGAUUUUAAUAUGCAACAGGGAAAAACCCCACUAUGAUGUGAGAGCAAGAUGGUUUUCCUUCCUUCCUUUUUUUUUUUUUUUAAAAAAAGCACAUUAACCAUUUCCAGAACUCUUUUUGUAUUGUUCAAUUUUUAGAAAGGCCUUUUUCUUCCUUAAUAACUAUUGUGAUAGGGAAUUCCAUAUGAAAAUGAGAAUGAUUUCUGAUCUGCAUUAUUAAAUGUCCUCAAUAUGCCAGGGAUGACUAAACCUGUUGUAGCAAAACUGAUCAAAUU